CAGCCGUAUCCGGUGGGGCAGCGGUCCAGGGCUCGGGAAAAAAAUCGAAGCGAGAAGGAUCUGGUAACGGUACGCUUUGAGAAAUAUCAUCCAUCCCGAGUCGCUAUCGAAGGGCUCGGCAGGAAUUUACAGUUUCUUUGCAAAGGUUAGAGGUCACAGAGCAGGGUUGCGGUUGUCGUCAUGGCAUCUGGAAGCACGAGCAGCGAGGAGGAGCGGAGCCUGAGGGAGUGUGAGCAGUACGUGCAGAAACACAACAUUCAACAGCUGCUGAAGGACUGCAUUGUCCAGCUGUGCACCUCCAGGCCAGACAGGCCCAUGGCCUUCCUCAGGGAGUACUUCGAAAGGCUGGAGAAGGAGGAGGCCAAGCAGAAUCAGCAGAAGGCCAGCAGUUCCCGUUCAGACUCGCGCGACGAGGAGGUGUCUCCCCCCAUGAACCCCGUGGUGAAGGGUCGCCGGCGGAGAGGAGCCUUCAGCGCAGAGGUCUACACAGAGGAGGACGCAGCCUCAUAUGUCAGAAAGGUCAUUCCAAAAGACUACAAGACGAUGGCAGCCUUGGCCAAAGCUAUUGAAAAGAACGUGCUCUUCUCACACCUGGACGACAAUGAGAGGAGCGACAUAUUUGAUGCAAUGUUUCCAGUCACCUACAUCGCUGGAGAAACCGUUAUUCUGCAGGGUGACGAAGGUGACAAUUUCUAUGUAAUCGACCAAGGGGAGAUGGAUGUGUAUGUGAACAACGAAUGGGUGACCAGCAUUGGGGAAGGGGGCAGCUUCGGAGAGCUCGCCCUGAUAUACGGCACCCCAAGGGCGGCCACAGUUAGAGCCAAGACCAACGUCAAGCUGUGGGGCAUCGACAGAGACAGCUACAGGAGAAUACUUAUGGGAAGCACUUUGAGAAAGAGGAAGAUGUACGAGGAAUUCCUCAGGAAAGUGUCCAUUUUAGAGUCUCUUGACAAAUGGGAGCGUCUGACAGUCGCUGAUGCCUUGGAGCCCGUCCAGUUUGAGGAUGGACAGAAGAUUGUAGUGCAGGGAGAGCCCGGAGACGAAUUCUUCAUCAUCUUAGAGGGUUCUGCAGCUGUUUUGCAGCGUCGCUCAGAGAACGAGGAGUUUGUGGAAGUGGGGAGGUUAGGACCAUCAGACUACUUUGGUGAGAUCGCUCUGCUGAUGAACCGCCCCCGCGCUGCCACCGUGGUCGCCCGCGGGCCCCUGAAGUGCGUGAAGCUGGACCGGCCUCGCUUUGAGCGCGUCCUGGGUCCCUGUUCAGACAUUCUCAAACGUAACAUCCAACAGUACAACAGCUUCGUCUCGCUGUCUGUCUGAAGGGGCGUCUCUCUCUCCCACCCUCCCUCCCCCUCUUUUUCUCCUUUUUAGACCCAGGGUCCACCGACGCAAUUUGCUUUUCGUCACUUUCUUCUUCUUUCUGUUGGCUUUUCUCCCGUUUUCGUUCGACACACAGAGAACAUCUUGCUGUUACCACCCGUCACGCAGAGGUGACUUUCAGCCAUUCACCAGCGCUUGUACCAGCUGCUGUACGCUACCUUAUAGGCACAGUUACAUCACGUUACCUAUGUUAUGUCUGUAUUUGCUGGUUACGCUUUCUUUUUAGACUUAAACGCGAAGCAGGAUUGUGAGGAGAUCUGAAAGACAUUCGGGUCUCAGGCCAAUGAGACAGGACAAUCAACCUUUACAUGGCGCUUUUGGUGAAUUUGUAACAGAUUUAUGUUGUAGACUGAAGUGAAGAGAGGACUGCUUCUUCCCGUUAAAGAGUUUCCUUUUUGGCGUCAGUUAGCCUGAUUAGAUAUACAGCGUAGAGCAGAAUCUAGAACCCGUAGAAGGCAGGAAGAAAAUGAUUGCAUCAACUAUUGUCAGACUUUUUUAGGUUUCAGCUGUUCGAUGGUUGUGCUCCAUUUGUUGUUUUUGGUUGGUUGGUAUGACGAGACGACGGCGAGUCUCUUUUGCUUAGUUUGAGAGAGCCUGUACAACUUAAGGUUUUUAUUUUAUUGUGCAGCUACCAGGCUAGUGCCAAACGUUGAAUUACUGUCACAAUGCAAAGAUGCAUAACCGUGGAAAUGCAGUGCGUGUUCUGUUCCCUGACCAUUUGGAUCUCCAGACAGGAAGUAGUUAUUACCCUUAUUGUCCUCUUUAUCGGUAGAACAACCAUUCAAGAACUGCCUUGACUAUUCUGAGGGGAAAAAAAAUGAAAGGAAAAAAAAGUAUUAAGUGUAUUUCAGUAUUCGAUUUUUUUAGUAUAUACCAAAUAACUUGGUCACUCUUCUGCUAUGGUUUGUAAUCAAAAUGUUAUAGUAUAGUUAAAAUGAUCAUAGUUAUAUUAUUAUCAUUGACUAAAUGAUAAACUUAUGGUUUGGAGUGAUGGUGAUCUUUAAAAAAAAUACGUUUAACUGUCUUUUGUAAACACUUAUUUUUCCAUAAAUUCUAUUUUAGGUGUCCAGUGCCACAAAGUAAAUAAAUGCUUCUUCUUGUCAGCUGACAAAACAGUAUGUAAUUGUAUCGUGUAAAACGUCCUGGGUUCAACCUUUUUAAAAUCGAUCCAAUGGGUAAUUACAGGUUUAUUGAAGUGAAGUCUUGAAAAAAAAAAACAAAAAAAAAAGGUGGUUUGUGGAUUUCAGGACAUCUGAAGUAUUUAUGUAUCACAGGCGAGCUGACGGGCAGAGCGAGCAGAUAUUUAUUUAAAUCUAGUGUCAUUGCUUAUUGCCUAUUGAAAAGGUGGCUGUCUUUCCAUCAGAGUAGCUUGUGAUCUGUUCUCUAUGCUUACUUGGCAUGAUGUUUUUAGGCAUCCAGUGAUCCGGUGUGAAUGGAAGCGUGUAUUAAAAAGCGUGCCCUGCAGCUGUGUGCAGAAGCAGGGACUUUGUCAAAUAUUUGAUUUGUUACUCCCGAGCUUAACUGCUUCAUGACUAUUUAGGUGGCAUAAACUGUUAAGUCUGUCUUUUUUUCUUCUUUUUUUUUUUUUUAAAAGAUAUUUACCAAAUCACACCAUGUUGACUUCUGGAUUUUAGGCUUAAACUCUUCAUUCCUGCCUCACUGUCUGUUACCAGAAAUGACAUAGAACCGGUCAUGUGUCUGUUUCUGUUCCGUCUCGAGAGGUCGGGACGCAUGUUUGUACGUCCAAAAAAAAAGACGUGGUGCCGAUUGCAGGGUAGUCAGGUUACUGAGAAGAGUUUUUCUUAAUGGACAUGAGUGUGUUUUUCUUUACCGUUUUAUUGAUCACCUUCAUCUGUUCCGCCCCCCUAACCCUGAGGUUAUCCUGGUGGAUUUGGUGACACGCGGCUCUGUGUUCAGUGACAACACGUCCUGUGUAUCCUCAUCUGCAGGAAAUGACUCCGUUAGGGCCGAGGGUUUGACUCACCUUUGUCGAAAUAUUUGUUUUCAUGUAAAUAGCAGCAUCAUCGGUUUUAGUCCAAAAAUGUUUUUAACCACACUGCAAUCGUCCCGGUUUGCCUUAGCUUACCUAACCUGGGCUUACAGUAGUAGUUAGUCACUCCUGCUAGCCCGACCUUCAGUGAGUUUGUUAGGCCUGCAGCGCAGAGAGCUGCGGGCGAUCAGAGGACCAUUCUUUUUCUAUUCUACCCUGUAUUCAGUUUGACCUCCUGUAUGUGCAAAGAUGUUUAUCCUUUUGGUAUAGAUUGUUCCAGAUGGCAGUUUAAGCAAUAAAAAAGGAAAAACGA